AUGAUGCCCCUUUGCAUUUUUCUGGUGCUUCUCAUUCAAAUCUGUCCAGUACCAGCUGUUGGCAAGACCUCAGGCAUAACUCAGGACAGCGGGGUCAUAGAGGCAAAAGUUGGGGAGACUGUGACUUUGAAAUGCUCUUGUCAGGGUGAUUCUGUAACUUUCCUCUCUUGGUACCAGCAGAGCUUAGGAGGCAAACCUCUCAUCAUAUCAACCCGCAUGAGGCACAACACAGAGGCGUCCAUCUCCCCUGGAUAUCAAGACAGGUUUAAAGUCUCUGCAUCAGGUCAAGACGACAUCAAUCAUCUUAUAAUCAAAGAUCUCCGCCUGUCCGAUUCAGCAACGUACUACUGUGGGAUUUUAGAUUUCAACGCUAUUGAAUUCGGACAAGGAGCUUUCCUUCACGUCAGAGCAUCGCCGUCCAACAUCCAAGCUGUCGUCCAUCAGCCAGCGUUGGAGCCACUGGGGUUGGGAGAAUCUGUGAAUUUGAGCUGCACAGUGUACGCUGAACCAUGUGCAGGGGAGCAGAGCCUUUACUGGUUUAGACAUGGUGCAGCUCAGCCUGCAGUCAUGUAUGCCAGUGGCGGACAAUGUGAAAAUAUCACCAAUGAAGGGUAUCUUGUGAAAAAAUGUACUUUAAAUCUUGCUUUAAAGUCUGUGAGCUCCCCUGAUGCAGGGGUGUACUACUGUGCUCUGGCCUCCUGUGGGGAGACGGUGUUUGGAAGUGGAACAAAGGUGGAGCUUGUAGCCCCGCCUCUCCUCGUGUAUUGCCUGAUUGUGGCAUUGGCACUUUCCGUCAUCGUGCUCCUUGUCUUAGCUUCCAUCGUGCACAAGUUGAAGAAAAAGUUAUGCUCUCACUGCAAAGGAACUGUUUCUCAUCUGACAUGUUCUGCAGCUUCUGAAAACAUGAGCCAAGAUGCAGACAGUCUCCAUUAUGCUGCUCUAAAUCUGAACAGAACCAGCGAACAACAUCAUCAAGAGGACAACGUGGAAAGUGUUUGUGUAUACUCAAGAGUAAAGAGCAGGAAAGAGUAAAGCAGGACUUUGCCUUCACAUUCA